AUAAAGCUAUGGGGUCCCUGUUUUACUUGCCACAGGGAGACCACCCUUUUUGAUCGUUGGAUGAGAAAGUGCAAGGGUGAUACCUACGUACAAAAAUAAUUCUAAAUUAGAAAACUGCUGCACUUUUUACAAAAAGAACACAAUGUAGGGCCAAGCUAUGAGCCCGAAUUAUGUUUUGGCGAUGCCAGGCUCGCCAACCCAAGCUCGAUUUGGAACCUGAGCGAUGAGGAGAGAAAGAACUGCUGUUCUCGUCCGCCAUUGUGGAUGACAUGCGCUUUUGACGGUUUCAUUGAAAGAGCAAAAUGGCGGGAAACACAGCUGACUGCCUGAUCGCAAAGCGCAGUUGUGAGUGGUGUGGUGGGACGGCAUGGAUACGGGGAAAGUUUCCGUCAAUGUCAGACCAACCCUGGCACAUGUGGUAUACCGAUCUUCUCUUGGACCUCCGGUACUGCAGCGACUGCGUUGUUGAGUACCACAACAUCUGUGAAGAAUUACUGGAAGUACAGCCAUAUAAACAGAAGACCUUAUGGCAAGGUGACAUUGACAGACUGUGCCAGUGGAUCCAGGAAAAGCUUACUGAAGUUAAUCAACUUUCCAGCACAACACAGCAACUAAGCGAUGAAGUGGCAAUUCUAGAGCCUGCAGGGAUUUUUGGCCUGGAGGGUGAACUCCAUGUGUCUCUCAUUGAGAUCCUUCACUACCCCCAACUGCUCUUCAAUCAGAAGCUUGCAAGCCUGUUUUCAAAGGCUGUCGAAGCCAUUCUUAGCCAAGGAGAUGAAAUCGCUGUUGAGGAGAAACUUCCUGGAGUGUAUUUGUUGUUGAUACACCCUGAUAUUAAGCUCCGCAGAUGGGCAGAGAGAACUGCACAACAGCUUGGCCCCAUCUCACUAGAUGACUAUGACAGCAUCAGUAAGAUGGUCCAGAUGAUAAGCUAUGUCGCCACCUUCAACCAGUUUGAUAAUGUGAUACAAGAGGACAACACACUAUUGCUUCCAAGUCACCUUGUCCCUUUAAGCUCACAAAAGACUUACUGGGGAGGAAUAUGCUGGCUGCUCCAUCAGUUUGACAGUGAGACGGUCAGAGUGAAGUUAUUGGCAGAACAAGGGGGCUGGCAGGAACUGCCUACUAUUCUGGUGUUUGCCAUAGAAGAUCAUUCUCUUAAAGGAAAACAAGCAUUCUGGUCAGUUCUCCGUUGCCUGAGUAUUCUCCUGGAGCAGUAUGGCUGCCGUCUAUGGAGUCAUGAUUUUAGUGCCGACAAGGUGCUCGACAUGGUUACAGGACAUCCUGUGUUUGUAGAAGAGAUUCUCAAACUCCAAAUGUCUGCAUGCAGCAUGUUCAUCAAGAAAGACCCAGAUAUAGACUGUUCGCAGAGCUCACAGAGUUCACAGAGCAAUUCAUGUGGCGCUACUCAAAGGAUAGCCCUUGCUUGGUUCGGACCGUUUGUGACAUCUCUUCUUGAUUAUGGUGACGUGAUGGAAGGAGCUGUGACCAAGGUUAUCACCUACCUACACGACUUAUCACAGCAAGUCCCCAGGGUGAGUUUCACAUGCAACGAGUUCCUUUUCAAGAUGUUGGAUAUCGUUCACAUACUGGUGCGAAAGGAAGUGAGCAAGUCUCUUCUCAAGCAAACCGCAGAGAUGUGGGCCAAUGACCUUGUUUUGAUGUCCAGAGUCAGAAAAGAGUCAGUCACUGACAGGGUGUUUCAACAAGUCGUUGCCCCUGCCAAACGCACUCUCUCCAAGCUGAGCUCAUCCGAUCGAAACUUGAAAUACAGCAUUGAUCAAGUCUUACAAGGAAGCGGAAGCAUCGAGGAGAAGAGCCAGAGAAUGGCACAAAAUAUUGUCUGCUUUUUUCAGGACACUUUACCUAAUAAUGCCCCAAAGCCUCUCGUUGUUAGAAGACGCCGCGCACGAAAAUCUAUGAACAAUGCGUGGCUCCACGCUCCAUCUCCUGAGAACGUCCUCUCUUCGUCCAACGACACAAUAACUGAUUCUACUGGACGUCCGUGUAAUGCUUCUUCACUUGUGCUUUCAAGUGAUACAACUUGUCCUUCUUUAUCCAUAAGUAGUACACAUAACAGGACUGCCAUAUCAAGUAACAGCAGAGACCCACGUAACAUGCCAACUUCAGUCUCAAAGGAGUCGACUACAUCCGCUUUGUCAAAGGUUGGGCCACGAUCUUCUACUAGUGGACGUAGCGAGACUGUAAAGUCAAGUUGCUUUAGGGAAUCCAACGCCCCUUCCAUAAUUAGUGCGAGCGAAUCGGCCGCAUUUUCUUUGCACUCGUCUACUGGGGGCGAUAUAGGGACGAUGGCCUCUUCUCAAGCCCUCUUUGAACGUUUAAGAGCUACAAGGACCAGUAAAGUUAGUGAUACACGGAACACUCCAUCGCCCUCUUUAUCAAGUGACACGCCAAGUCCUGCAUCACCUUCUCUCUUAGAACAGAUAGAGGGGGACUUACCAUCACAUUUAGCAGGCUAUAGCACUAGCUCAGCGUCUUCCACGACACCUAAGGCUGUGAAUUAUGUUACUUUUAAAGAAAACCACGUUAGUAAAGAAGUCAGUGUACCUUCGCCUUUGUCGAGUGAUGCUUCAAGUCCUGCGUCGCCUUCUAUUCUUGGAGAGACCGAACUACCAUGCAGCAUUGGACGAAAAGAGGGAAAAUCACGGACACUUGAGACAGCAAGUCAAUCUCAUUUGAAGACCUUUUGUGGUUCAAGAAAGCAAUCCACUAAGAUAAAACAAGAUAUGAUCUCUCCAGUAAGAGCUAAACAAGCCAUUCCAACCAAGAAUGCCCAAGAUGUAAGACCGUCACUGGUGCAAACUCAUGAUCUUAAAGUCGUGAUCCCUAAGCUUUCGCCAGAUAAAAUCCAUUCCUGCGCCACCCCUGCUGCUAGUUCAUCUCGUAAUACCGGUACUCAUGGUCGUAAAACCGGUACUCAUGGAGAAGCUCGCUUGAGCCUUGGGUCAGGUACUCCUCAAAAAAGGCCUUCUACUUCUAGUAACAAGAGUGCAAAUACACCCAAGAAUCCAGAAGGUAAAUCGUGGAGUGGAACAAACGUGAGACGUGAGACAGUUAAACAGGCAUCGUCCGGAGGGUCAUUUACAGAUGUAAAUGCUUUGCCAGCGAAAGUUGGCACAAAGUCCCACCCAAUUUUCCUAGACGACGAUGACGAUGAUGAACUUCUAGUGCAGGCCUUGUCCGCUGCACAGACGAAAAUAAGCCAUACUGACCGUGUAAAGCCAGAACCCUUGGGUAGUCUGGAACUAGAGGACAUCGGCGAUUCUGAUCUUGAGGAGGCUUAUAACGAUUUCCUUACAUCCCAAACUCACCUUCAAACUCAAAUACGUAGUGAUGCAGAAACUCACGUACGUAAUAAACGCUCUGAGGAUCCGUCAGUCGUAGGGGUGUCGGGUGUUUCUCAGAAACGCUUUGGAGGGUUUAUUCGUAAAAGAAUAUCCAUCGAAGAUGAAAGGGACGAGUUUUCUGGCAAAACCACUUCAAAAUGCCACCUACCAAAGCCAUCAGAUUGCUUCGUUGAUACUCUGGAAACAAAGCAGAUUUACGAGGCGAAAGAUGACUCUUAUCCUUGUCGAACUGGAAAGAAGAAAAUCGACAAGUAUCCUUCAAGCCACAUUAAAUUCUCCGGUCAUUUAUCUAAACCUGCACCAUCCUCAUUUGAUAUCUCAGUCAAAUUAGAGGAUAUAUCCAAUGCGGAGGACUCUAAUCGCACGGAAAGUUCUUUGCCCAAAGGUUUAACUGGUCAGACCAAACCUUUGAUGGUGGCUGCUAAUACACAUGCUGAUCUGCAGACGUAUGAAAUAUCAGACGAUUACGAUUCUGACGUUCCUCAUUACGAAGUCAACCCUUACAAACCGAAACCAGAGCGCGCAUUUUCACCAUCUGCUCUUGACAAAAGCGAUGCCCCUCGGAGCUUCAUUAUGAACACCCCCGAUCUUAAGACUAAUGUUAAGCAAAUUUAUGGGGAUCUUUCUGAUUCAGAUUUUGAUGACGACGAUGUCAUAUUGUUGGAGUCCCCUUUAAAUGAUAUUCCUGUUAACACAUCUGGUCACCCCUUUGAGACCCUGAGGACUUUAGAUGUGAACAGGAAACCUGGUUCUAGCGCUACAAACGUCAGUUCACAGUCAAUGGCAUUAAAGCAGCAAAGGGAUUGUGUAAUUGAUCAGACGAAGUGCGCUGCUAGUACUUCCCUAACGUCUUACUUUCGUUCAACUUUGGGGAAUUUUCAAGGAGAAUACAGAUGCACAGAGAGUGGUAUUGCUCCUAAUGCACAAGACAACAGCGGGGAGGUGAAUAAUGAAGAGAAACAAAGAGAUGCAUCUCUAGAGUGGAAUUCUAACGUGGGGAGGCCUUCAAAAGUUGUGGCUGACGGACGAGCUGACUCUCCAUUAGAGGUUUCCCUUAACGCUGUCAGUGAACACAUCGAGAAUUUUGGAUACAAUGACGAGUGGUGGAAUAAUGGAGUGGACUCACAACAUUUAGCUUCCCAAAGUGAGGAAACUGAAACAUUGAAAAAGUCCAACGCCUUUUAUUCUUGCCCCGCGAUUUCCCUGAAAGGCAGAGAGGUUGCUCAAGAAGUGUCUGCUGGCCAAGGUCUGAACUACGCUGCUGUUGCUGCUGCUACUGCUGAUGAUGGUGAUGAUGCCCAGGAAGGUGUUGUCGAUGCCCAUGCUGCAAGUGGAGGCGAAGGCACUCGGCUAGGCAUAACGUUUCGCUACCUCACACCCGGCGGUGAUUACCUCUGCAUGGUAGACAGUCUAGGGAACUCUGAUAAGUCGGGCAAUUUGAAACAGCAAACCAAGAAUGAUGUAGACUUACCUGCUGUUCCCCUCGUUAAGUCGGGUAGCUCUUUGCAGAAUUUACAUCUAGGUGAAGAAUCUCGAAGUCCCGAGCACUCGAGUAAUGCGGACACACAUAACGAACUCGACGCAGAAUCACCCACUGAUGACCUCAAUAAAGCGGAUUCUUGGUGGCCCUCUGAUGAUGACUUCGACAAAGAUGAGGAUGUGUGGGGUUCCCAGGAGAGCGCUAUGGACUCCAUUGCAGUUGAUCUAGUCAUGGAUUCUCAGGUGGAUCCGGACGAACAGGUCGUGGGAGCUAUACCUGAAAUAUCUCGAUUUAGAGUUCCCUCCUCAGUGCGCGGGGAUUACUCGAAGGCAGGUGAGGAUGCGAAUCUCCAACAGCAGCCGAUAGAUGACCGGGCUGAAACUGCAGAUGAUGACGGUGACGGCUUAGGUAAUCUGAACAAAGAUGGAUCCAGCGAAUCAGGUGACAAGAGAGCGACUCUAACUCAGUCUCUAGGAGAUGUCAGAGAUUGCGGUGUGCCAAAUAUUGACGGUCAAUCUAGAUCCUCCACACUCCCACAGAACCAAACUUUGAACAUCGCAGCUCCUUUAGUUAACAACAGACCUAGUGCUUCUGAUUCCCUAUUCAAUAAACCAGUCGCUGUGGUAACUACACAGUCAAAGCUCACCGAGGAAGAUUUGUUCAAUCUUGUGCUUGGUUGGGAAGCUGCGUGGAUUGAAAGACCAAACAACACGCAUUUCCCAACACACUGCUGUAUGAUCCCCAAGACGUUUGACAGCAUUGAUCAUUACUACGAAGUGUUUAAACCGCUCAUCGAGAUGGAAGCUAUGGAAAAGGCAAAUAAAGACUACAAUGACAGAGACAUCCCGAAGAAGAGCCUUUCUGUCACGGUAGAUAGCACGUCACGCUCUAGCCGUCACACGCUGGUUCAGUGCACCGCUAUGGAAGUCCCUGCUGAGCGUGUUAAGCGCAACCUGGUGGCAGAGGAGAGCGACCUUGUCAUCAUUCAAGCGGAUGGCGGAUUUAAGUGCCUUGCUGUGGUGCACAGGAUGGAGUUAGUGCAGAUGAAACAAGGCUCAACUAGGAGCGACAGCGGAGAUAGUCCCAGUCGUGUUUACAACGUAACAUACACUCUUCGGGUGCGCUCAAACUUCCAUCCCCUUGAUGGCGUUGUCAUGGAAAUGGUAUACGUCACUUCCUUAGCGACCACGUUACGUCAGUGGUGCGGGUUGAUGCAUUUGAAGAAUAACCUUCUCGCUAAGGAUAUACUGCGACCACGGGGCAAACAGUGCUUUUGUUUCAACGAAGUACCCAAACAGGUUCAACCUUCUAAGUUGUUUAACAUGUCCCAAGAGAGGGUGAUCGCUACUGCUGCGGAGGCUGUCCACCAGAGCUACGCCCUGCCCCGUAUACACCUGACACAGGGCCCGCCUGGCACCGGCAAGUCCCACACUAUCGUCGGCAUAAUAACCAGGAUACUCAAUCAUCCGAGAAGCUGCGAAGAAAACCGAAACCAUUCCGAAGUGUUUCCGGAUAAGACUCGGCUGCUGGUAUGCGCUCCCUCAAACGAGGCGGUUGACGAGCUGGUGCGAAAGAUCGUAAGGGCUGCACCACGGCGAGACGUCGCCAACAAAGAGAAUGUUCGGAAAGACAGAAAUGCACGGGACGUGAAAAAUAACUGCGGGGAUUUCGUGCUUGUACGAGUGGGUCGCAAGUCGCAUGUCAGCCCCUCCGUGAAAGACGUGUGCUUGGACAACAUGGCUCAGGGCAUCCUUAAGCAAAAAGACACUGCUAUUGCAACAGACAACUCGUCAAAUCUGAAAACCCAGCUUCGUUCAGUGCACAAGCAGUCAGACCUACUUGACAAGGAGAAAUUCUACCUGCAGGACAUGAUACAGAACAAAGGAGAGGAUGACGACGACGAAAAAUGUGAACUGCAGGCACAGCUUGAAGUGGUUGAAACCAAGCGGAAAGCUCUGUCCACACAGCGGCAUGCCUUAGAUAAGCAGUACUGCCAGAUGAAGCACAAGGAAGCGCAGGAGAGAAGGAUGGAGUCACGAGUCAGGAAGGACAUCUUGAACAGUGCGGACAUCGUGUGUUGUACACUGAGCGGUAGCGGAAGUAAGAAGUUGCUCAAUGACAUGAGGGGAUCUACCGGAAAGAAGAUUCCGUUUACCUGUGUUAUUGUUGACGAGGCGUGUCAGUGCUGCGAGAUGGAUAUUCUGAUCCCUCUUCAAUACCGACCCUCCAAAUUGAUCUUAGUUGGAGACCCGGAACAGCUACCCGCUACAGUAAUAUCCACGAAAGCGCGAGAACUGCUGUAUGGGCGUUCAAUGUUUGAUCGUCUGUACAAGUUCUUCAAAGUUCUUCCGAGACAUGAGCGGCCCGUACACCUGCUUGAAUUGCAGUACCGCAUGCACCCCGAGAUAGCCCUCUUUCCCGCUGAACAUGUGUACAACAAAGCCAUUCGGAACGACAGCUCAGUGGAGAAGCGUCAUUUCCCUCUUCAAGUUCCUUAUGCUGUAUUUGACACAGUGACCAGCAGUGAACACAACGAUCGAAAAGGUGGCAUUUGGAAUUCUGUUGAGGUCUACCUUGUAUCCAAGAUGUGUCAAAAGAUCCUAAGGCUUCCAGAGCUUACCCCUAAAAGUAUCGGCAUUAUCACUCCUUACAGAAAACAACGAGAAGAACUGAUCGCAAGCCUCAGAAAUAUGGGAAGAGGAUGCGAGAGUAUAGAAGUGAACACUGUUGAUGGUUUCCAGGGUCGGGAAAAGGACGUGAUUAUCAUGUCAUGUGUCCGCGCCAAAAAGGGAGAGAGUGGAAUAGGAUUCGUAGACAAUCGCAACCGACUGAAUGUAUCUCUGACACGUGCUCGCCACGCCCUCUACUUGGUCGGCCACCUCACGACUCUUAAGUCUUCAGCUGACUGGUCAACACUAAUCGAUAAUGCAAGAUCACGAAGGCUUGUUUACGAUGUGCACGACUACCGAGACAUCACCGACGUUAUCCUCGAUUCGCACUCGGGCAGCCUUUCACCGGAUUCGGGGCUUCAUCGUAACAAGCCGAGUAGCCGAACUGAAUUGCAAGAUCGGCGUCCUGAAUCACAAUCUUCAGAAAGUCAUCGUCGUGAGUCACGUCGUGUACAUGUUCGUAAUUCUAGGUGUUCAGAUUCAUUUCGGGGUAAUGACGAAAAGCCGUCGGCUCGUUCGGACAGACGUGAUAGAAAACCGGAUAAUCAGCGGGGCUUGAAACGAUCCCGAAGCCGGAAGGAUGAUACCACUGCGAACGCCAAGCGAAACAGGUCCCAGUACCAGCGGUUGCACUCAUACCGAGGCUCCAGAACAUCCUCAAGACACAGGGAACUGUGCCUGCCCUCAAAGGGAGGCGAGUCUCGACCUGAUCACGACAAAAGCCAUCCCACAAAUGGAGGUGAGUCUCGACCUGAUCACGACAAAAGCCAGCCCUCAAAGGGAGGAGAGUCUCGACCUGGGAACUUACUUUUGACCGGACCUGUGUCAAUUCUAAAGAGGAGAGGCUCCGCAGGAUCUGCCGACUCACCGUUUAAGAAGAGAGUGAGGUUCUUUGACGAGGUAGAGGAGGCGAAUGAGCGAGAAGAUGCGGGUAGCACAAUGGAUGCUGCCAAUAUCCGUAUGACCGAUAAAGAGAGCGCUGGGGAGUCCUGUGAAACGAGCACAUUAUUGGCCAGACCGGUAGAACCGAAUUAUGAUACACAGGGCUCCCACGUGAAGCCUACUUCAGAACCUACUGGAACCUCUUCCAAAGAUACCACACGUAAUUCGAUAGCAGAUGGAAAUAGAAUGGUGGUAGAUGAGAUUACUGGUACUCAGAAUACGGCAUCAUCAGCAGCCAAGCUGUCUCGACUGAAAACAAUUGUGAAUUAUUCAUCAGUAGUACGCUCAGCCCCUGCAAAGGGCGGGAAAGAAAAGAGCUCCCUUCUCGAUUCGCUGAGAAGUGAGUCAUUUGCCAGCCCCACAAGUGAAGAGGAUCGUUCUCUUGUGUUUGACUCUAAUAGGCCACUCGACGACGCUUGUUCGUCAACCGAUGGAAUGACGUCUGGUGUUGACACAAGCACCUCAUAUACAGUUGGUCAAGUUUGUCCCUUUACGCCUAGUCCCUCUACAGCUGAUGAGUGCCAGAGCGAAGACAGAUCUUGCAUCAACCAAUGGGAAUCUACGAGACGACAACCUGAAGGCUCUUCAGAUUCAAGAGAUGCUACUGAAUAUUGCUUGCUUGGAAGUAGCGGUGACUUCCCUAGAAAACGUACAAACCAAUCGCAAAAUAUGACCAGUCUGCCUCGACCUCGGUGUAAAGCUACAUCGACCAGGAUCAACCGCUCAGGGGUCCAUAGCAACGAUGAAAAUGACAACAUUAUCAAAAUCGCCGCUGACCGAGUUAGGUCGCGGCAUCCGCCACGUCAGGGACCGGGCGUAAUUGAUGUACCACAGGGUGCCCGUGGUGGAAGAGGAGGGCGUUUAAGGUGCACUAGUACCACCCCCCUUUCCCGUACUCUGCCAGUGGAGAAUGAGGCCACACAGCUAGAAGACUGGAGACCAUUCGGCGGACCAAGACAAAGAACAGCCCCUGGAGGGGACAUUGCGUCCGUGCAGCACCUCCGCGAAAGGGCUCUCGAUGCCAUGCCGGUUCCAACUCCCACGCGGAAAAGAAGCCGGUCUGUCCGACAACAGGUUUUGAAGGAGUCAAAACGAAAGAAAAAUCGUGAUUCAAGUGUGCUGAAGAGUACAUCUCACGGUCAAGAUGAGUAUAAGAUAAAAAGCCCAGCUGAAAACAAGGAACAAGUUUGGCUUGCAAGCCUGAAGGGACGACAUCACGGCGACAAACUGCGGACGUUUUGAAUCAGAGCAGAAAAGCAGUUCGUCUUGUAACGCCUACAGCUAGAGAGAUGCAGAAUCCAAGUUGUUGCCUGGUUGCUAUGGUGAUAUUGUGUGUGUUACUUUGCGUUGGUCUCGUCCAACCAGAACCCCAUCACAAA